GCCUGCCUUUGCAGCCUGAAUACAGGGGACACAGGUUCAGAGCGGUGCUGCAGCUGGCCAUGGAUAACAUAUGCUUGCCUGCAACGGUGAUUCACAGAAGGUGGGAAAAAGAAUUCCAAUGUGUGUCCAUUUUCUGCAUUAAACCGCAAAGUCAGAGCUGUACAAAGGCAGCAAAGACAGCUGGGAACUGAUUCCCCUUGUAAAGGAGAAUAUCAUGAGAGCAACACAGCAGGGCAAUAGGCUCUCCCUUCCCACAUGAUAAAGGGUGACACGCAACAGGGCAGCCAGCCCAGAAGCUCCAGCUAAUAGCUGCUUGGAUGGUGGAUUAUUCACAGCCCAGGAUACUAUUCAAACCCUGUAACUUUCCAAACCUGAGUUAGACCUAGAAAAUCAGGACAACUGUUAGCAGAGGGCCUGAAUGAAGAGGAUUCUGCUAUUGAAAGCCAUACAUUUGAAAUAUUUUAAAAGCUGUUAACACAAACCAAGGAAUUACAAAGAAUGCCAAUACAUUUUGUCUGACUUCAUAAAAACACUUGAACCUUUCUUGAAGAUAACAAGAUGCAUCUUCAUAAAAACUCUGCUGGGGAUAUCAUUGAAAGCUGCUGUUUAAGAAAAACAUGGUCUGGUUAUAGUCAAAAGCAUCCCUUUAUCCACAAGAAACUGAGACUUAUUCGAAUACUGGGUCUUCUUAUAAGUAUAAUAGCCAUUAGUACUCUGUCAUUUACAAUUGUUGCCUUUUUUAAUAAAGACAAUUAUAGAAAGGAUGUAGCAACUGUUACAGAAAUCCAGUCUCUGCCACAGAGGCAUCUGCGAACGCUGAUGGACUUUCCUGAGCAAAUCCAAAAUGACACCCCUGGUUCAGGGGAUUCCAUGGCACAGAAAACUAAGGACAAUGAAACUGAAGGCCAUGCAGCCAAAGGAGAAUACCCAGAAGACCUUUUUUCUUUGGAAGAAAGACAGAAGGGUGCAGUUAUCCUCCAUAUAUUUGGGAUGAUUUAUAUGUUUAUAGCACUAGCUGUAGUCUGCGAUGAAUUCUUUGUUCCUUCAUUAACAGUAAUCACUGAAAAACUGGGUAUUUCUGAUGAUGUGGCUGGAGCAACUUUCAUGGCUGCUGGUGGCUCUGCCCCUGAGUUAUUUACAUCAUUAAUAGGGGUAUUUAUUUCUCAUAGCAAUGUUGGAAUCGGGACCAUAGUUGGAUCAGCAGUGUUCAAUAUCCUCUUUGUCAUUGGUAUGUGUGCUUUAUUCUCCAAGGAAAUACUAAACCUUACUUGGUGGCCACUUUUUCGAGAUGUGUCUUUUUAUAUUGUGGGCUUGAUUAUGCUCAUAACAUUUUUCUUGGACAAUUUUAUCCAGUGGUGGGAAAGUCUGUUGCUGCUGGUGACCUAUUUAAUGUAUGUUACCUUCAUGAAGUGCAAUGUCCAAGUAGAAAACUGGGUGAAGAGGAAACUCAACAGGAACAAAGUUGUUAAGGUAACAUCAGCCAAUACUGACGGAAAGGAUCACAGAGAUCAACCAAACAUUCUGGUGGAGUCAAGAGUUCCCCAAGAGCAUGAAGGGGUUGCUAUGGACAUUAGACAUGGAGAACCAAAUGAAACAGCUGGUUUUAAAGAGACUUGGAGUGAAACAGCAGCUUCCUCAGACAAGACAAAGCCUCGUUUACAAAGAGGUGGUAGCUCGGCCUCUCUGCAUAAUAGUUUCAUGAGGAACAGCAUUUUCCAGCUAAUGAUACACACAUUGGAUCCUCUUUCUGAAGAGAUUGGAGCAUAUGGAAAACUAAAAUAUUAUGACACUAUGACUGAAGAAGGCAAGUUCAGAGAGAAAGCAUCAAUCCUUCGCAAGAUGGCUAAAAAGAAGUGUCAGGUAGAAGACAGUGAGCGACUUAAUGGUGCUGCCAGUUAUACAGAAAAGGUUGAUUUUCCAAAUACUGCUAAUGUAGAGUUUGAAGUGACACCACCAAAAGAUUCUGCAGGUCCAGUUCAAAAUGGAAAUGCCGCUCAUAAUACUGAAGCUGGAGAAACACAGAUGCCAACUGCAGAGCAAACCGAAGAAGAUGAACAACCUCUAAGUUUAGCAUGGCCAACAACCAUUCGCAAGCAAGCUGUGUAUCUUGCAGUUCUGCCGAUUGUAUUUCCUUUGUGGGUCACCUUACCUGAUGUCCGAAAUCCAAACUCAAGAAAAUUUUUUCCUGUAACAUUUUUUGGAUCUAUCACCUGGAUUGCUGUAUUUUCUUAUUUAAUGGUCUGGUGGGCUCAUCAAGUAGGAGAAACUAUUGGUAUCACAGAAGAAAUUAUGGGACUCACUAUAUUAGCUGCGGGCACUUCAAUCCCCGACCUUAUAACAAGUGUUAUUGUUGCACGCAAAGGGCUAGGGGAUAUGGCCGUAUCUAGCUCUGUAGGAAGCAACAUUUUUGACAUCACAGUUGGCCUUCCUGUACCAUGGCUCCUUCAUUCUGUAAGUCACCACAUGGCACCCAUAGCAGUCAGCAGCAAUGGCUUAUUCUGUGCAAUUGUCCUUCUUUUCAUUAUGCUGCUCUUCGUCAUCAUGUCCAUCGCUAUCUGCAAGUGGAAGAUGAACAAGAUCUUGGGUUGUAUGAUGUUUGGACUCUAUUUUGUUUUCCUAGUAGUCAGCGUUCUUCUUGAGAAGAAAAUCAUCACAUGUCCUGCAACUGUCUAGGUUGAAAUACUGCAUUAUUAUUACUAUUACAAGCCACUGUUCGCUAGAGGAACAGGCUGUGUCUCCUACAGAAUCAAUAUCUGACUCAGAAAACGAGUCUUAAAAACCCAUGAUGGUUAUAAGGUCAAUCUGUGGUUUCUUUGAUGAAAAUUCUAGGAGAAAUAUGAAAACACUGUACAUUUUUCUAAUGCACGUUGUAUUACUCUACUACUCUUUUUACGUAUAAUCUAAAUAUGCAGGGUAUAUUUAACAAAAAGAAAGGCAAUAGAUUCAAUGGAAUUUGUAGAAAGUGCUCUCAUUCCUCUUGAAUCCCUUUGUAUCUGUUAGCCAUAAAUAGAGUGAACUUAAUUGUUCCGCCACUGUGGUUAUAUUUUUGAACACUUGUAUGCCUACAGUAGUAAGUCUAGUAUUAUAAUAGUACUUCCAGGACAUAAAAUAGAAAUAUAUUCUAGAGUGAGUACUUUCUAGGCAGUAUGUAACCAAAUGCUAGUUAGGUAAAUGGUACAUCAUUUUACCAUUCAAAUACUUUCUCAGUGGCAGUAUUGCAUAGCUUUAAAUAGAUGAACAGUUUCCACUAUAGUGUAGACAAAUAUUUAGUCAUUCACAAAGUCACCUUCGACCAUACUGCAGGGACCAUGCGAUCAAUUUACAUCUUCGGUAUCCUGUUAUCAGGAUAUCAACUUCUAUGUUAAGUGCAAGACAUAAUGAAAAAAUAAACAGGAAAAUGACGUAAAACUGUGUGUAAAUAUUUUUCUGUGGUUUAUCAUUUCACAUUCUUUCCCCCAUUUAAAUCAAAACUCCUAAAAAUAUAACUGACAAAGCCAGUUAUUAAAAGUCAUUAAUUAGUAAAAAUAUAGUAUGCUUACGGCAAGCUUUUCUAUAAAUAUGAUUAUUACACCAAGAUAACAGCAAGCAUCAAAUUGAAAUGAGCUACAGGGAAUCUUACCCAUUUUCAAUCAGACCCCCUUGUCCCUAGAAUAUUUAUAUAUUAAAUUAUAUAUUUACAGAUAUUUACAGUAUAAAGCCUACUUCUUUUUCAAACAGUUCAAACAUUACGAUAUUUAUAGCAGCACUUUAUUAAUUUUUUCCUAAAAUAUGUUUCUCGUUCACCCCUUCUCUUUUGUUAUGCACUAUUAGGAGUAAGUGUACUAUUAUCAUCAAACUUUAUCAGGCCGAUAUCACUUUAGGUGACGUCAAGGAACAUCAGCACCAAGGUGAAAGCCAUUAGAAGUUCUUUUUAGAAAAAGAGACAGUUCUGUUUCUUUAACCAUAGCACUGGGAGAUGGUUGAGGCAUACAGUGGAAGAGGAAACAUAUAUAACAUGCCAGAGGGAUAAUAGGAAGGAGGGUUAACCGGCAGAAACAUUGCUACUUGUGUCAGUGUAACAGGUGAGCCCUUUGGAUUUACCAUUACAUUGAAGAGCGUGAGUUUUGUAAGUAGCAGGUGAGUGUCUUCUCGGGUUUUGAUGGUGAGUAAUUUCUGUGAUGCCUUUAUAUAUACUGUUAUAUCUGGCAGCAAUCAAUAUCUUAUUGCAAUCUAGAACUACCAGUGUUGCUCAGAGCUCCCAGCUAUACAAUAAAUAUAUAUAAAGUUCCUGCACAGGCCAUAUUCUAUACUGGCUUCCCAACUCAGACACACAGGAAUGGUUAAAUAUGCUCUGGCAUAUCGGGAUUGGUAACUAUUACUUUAAUUACCAUUACAUGGUUGUGGCAGGAAUGUUGCAUUGUUUAAACCUGCAUCUGUUCUAGCCCCCUGAGCUGCAGGAUUGGUGUUAACGUAUGCAAGUAUGUGAGAUUUAUGUCAGGCUCUACCUAGCAUUAGUGUGUUGUCUGUGUAUUGCAUUUGUCAGGCUUUGAAGAAAUUCUAAUGUUUUUGAUCAGAGGGCCACUUAAACAAUGAAUAUGGUCUAUAUUUAUAAAGGUAAAAUUACUUCCUGCUAUCAUUACUGUAUUUAAUGGCAUUUAAAAUAAUACAUUUUUAAAUCUGUCUCUGAGAUUGGGUGAUUAUGCCUUUAGGGCUCAUUUACAAGCAGGAUGCUAGGUGUAAAUAAGUUAAAAAAAAGUAAAAAAAAUACAUAAAUAAAGGUAAAGUAAAACUUUUGUCUGAAUGCGUUAGGGCUUUUAAGAAGAUUUUGUCAUCCACAGAGGAGGCAAAUUCAUGCAGGAACGCCAACAUGCUGUGUCACCCUUAAGGUCUAGCAGUUUAACAAACAAGAGAUUUACAAAUAUAUAAUCACAGAAGUCUGUGUGUUCAUUACUCACAAUUAUAAACAAAUAAUUUCAGCAAAGUACUAUGAAACAUAAGAUGCCAUUUUAGAAAAAGCAAUUUAUAUAAUUAAGUGUACCAUCAUUUUCUUUAUCAUGCAUUCUGCAUAACUUGUCCUCACUUUGUUGUCUUAUUCUGUAGAGGUAGUGCUUCUGG